CACGAACAAUCUCACAGCGCUGAGACUAAGGGAAAACAAAACUUGACCAACAGCAAAUAAACUGAGCACUCCAGAUGCACAUUUGCACUAAAUAACAAGUAUAUGCCACACUCUAAUGAAACGAAAUCUACAGAGCUUAGUAAUCAAGAAUUACAAUCAUUUUUUAUGGUGCCACGUAUACGAAGAAUUACAGCCCCUCGUCUGUUGGUAUGAAGGAUGGGGAAAGGCAAGGUAACACAUCUUUGGCCAACAAUAUCUUCACACACGCCGUGUGAAAGUGGAGAGCGGCUUUAUGCUGUGGAUUUGCUGCUGAAGACUAAAGAAAACAUUUAAAUGGACAGCUUGCAGACUGGGUCCCUAACCGGGGCGCAGAAAGAUGAGUUGAUGGACCAAGUGAAACAGCAAAUUGCUGUUGCAAACGCUCAGGAGCUCCUGACGAAAAUGACAGAAAAGUGCUUUAAGAAAUGUAUCAACAAACCGGGUACCUCGCUAGACAGUUCAGAACAGAAAUGCAUUGCCAUGUGUAUGGACCGCUAUAUGGACUCGUGGAAUUUGGUGUCUAAGGUGUAUGGUAGCAGAAUACAGAAAGAAAGGCAUAGGCUAUAAAUAUAAACCAACAUGUUAGAUAAUUUUAGGUGAAAACGAUCGAUGUACAAAACCAACAUAUUUAAAAGAAACAUAUUUCAUGUGUGUGUAUAAAAUAUUUUUUUGCUUAAAAAUGAUCCACAGAUAAUUUUAAUUGUCUUUGUAUACAUGUUAUUAGUGCUGUUUAUAAAAUAAAUGACUAAUUAUUGCAACUCAG